AUGGAAAACCCUAGUGCUUUGCCUAUAAAGCUUCAGCCAUCGAAUUUAAGACCUAUAGCUUAUAGGAUCUUGUCGAAAAAGCACGGUUUAAAUAUCCAAACUGAUGCAUUGAAAUUACUAACUGAGGCUGUUAGUUAUAAGUUUGGAUUCGAUUGGAAAGGCAUACAAUCUCAACAAUUUUUAGAAGAAAUAGCCAAAAUAUGGAAGAACCAAGAUAGAGGUAUCUUCAUUGAUGGUCCAGGGUUGAAGCAAGUAAUCAAAGAACUUUCAGACAGGAAUAUUAGUCAUGUAUCUAGAACAAAUAGCUCUGCUGACAACUUAGCAAAGAAAGCCGAGAGAUCAGACACCUUGGUUGACAAUGUUAUAGAGAAUGAGGCCGUAUAUGAUGCAGAAAAUACGUUGAAUUGGAAUGACUAUUUUAAAGUAAUGAAUCCAGAUGAACAACCCAAUUAUAAGUAUGAUGUGCAUAGAAAACAACUUAGUUUUAUUCCUAGUACAAGUGCUAGAAGGCUAGCAAAUAACCUCAACUCAAAUGUCGAUUACUUCAACAAUAGAUAUCAUCUUAUAUCUGAUAGGUUGUCAAGAAAUGAAAAUUUUCAAAAACCAACAUUUUCUAGUAUUUCAUCCAUAAGCAAAUCCUUAAAUCAUAAUAAUAAAACGAAUGAAAUCACUUUGAUUAAGAACGUUCUUGGUAGAGACGGAUCAAAAUUCAUCUUGUUUGGAUUAUUAUCGAAAAACGCUAACGAUGAUUUUAUCUUGGAGGAUUCUACGGAUCAUAUCGAAUUAAACUUAACCCAAGCCUAUAAAACUGAAGGAUCAUUCUAUUGCCCAGGUAUGUUUGUUAUUGCUGAGGGUAUUUAUUCGGCCUCAGGAGGAUCUAUGACCAAUGCAAAUGUGAUUGGUGGAUGCUUUCAUGUGAGUAACAUUGGCCAUCCACCGGCGGAAAGAAGAGAACUAAGCUUAGAAAAUUAUGGAAAUCUAGACUUUAUGGGAAUAAACAGGGAUAAUGAUACCAGUAACAACGAUAAUCAUAUACUAAGAGUUAAUAAAUCACUUAAGAAAAAAUUGAUAAGUUUAGAGAAGACCUUAGUCAACCAUAAGUUAAUCAUAUUGGGUUCGGAUUGUUUUCUUGAUGACUAUAAAAUCUUGGACGGAUUGAAAAAGCUCUUCGGUAAGAUUGAGAGCGGCAUAAUAGACGACGAAUCAAAUCAACCAUUGGUUAUAGUUCUUAUCGGAUCAUUUACAUCAAAUCCAUUAACGCCUACUAAUUCGUCAGUUGCAAACGUAUCUAACACUGAAAACUAUAAAAGUAACUUUGACAACUUGAGUAAUAUUUUGUCAAACUUCCCAAAUAUCGUGCAGAAGGUGAAGAUUGCGUUAAUACCAGGUAUUAAUGAUCCAUGGCAAUCAUCCCAUUCAUUAGGAGGAUCAAACCUCAAUGCGUUUCCCCAAAGAUCCAUACCCAAAAUAUUUACAAAUAGAUUAGAAAGGUUGCUACCAAAGGGCAACUUAAUAGCUGGAUGGAACCCGCUUAGAAUCAACUAUUUAUCCCAGGAAAUAGUAUUAAUGAAAGAUGACAUCAUCAACAAGUUUAAAAGAAAUGAUAUAAUUUUCUCAAAUGACUUGGAAUUGGAACAACAAAAGCUACAAAAAGAUAAAAACGCCGAUGGUCUAAUACAUGCAACGGAUAUUAAUACCAAAGAGCCCCACAUUUCUCCAAAAAUCAAACAGGCAAGAAAAUUGGUAAAAACUAUAUUAGAUCAAGGUAAUUUGCAACCAUUCUUGAAAGAUAUUCGUAUUAUUAAUACUAAUUACGAUUAUUCUUUGAGAAUAGAGCCAUUGCCUACUGUAAUGAUACUAAACGAUGCAACCUUCCCUACUUUUGAGGUCACAUAUAACGGUUGUAAGGUUAUUAACACGGGUAAAUUGGUAGGUAAUAAUAGAAAGCUCUCUUUUGUUGAAUACUACCCUAGUGGUAAGAGGUUUGAGUUCAAAGAAGUAUAUUUUUAG